AUGUACGGCGCCAAACAGCUCCUGCUGAGCUUGCUGGUGAUGUCGGUCUCAGCAACGGAGACUGCCAAGAAGACUAUGGUUGGUCUGGAGACCGAAAAAUCUAGUUACGGCAAGGAUGUGGAGCUAGAUGAUUGUGUUGAACUGGACGAGGAUGAGGUGUUUACAAUCUCGAUCCGCAAACACUGUCGCGUUUUCACGGGACCAUUGUGCACCGGUCGGAACACUCUUCUCAGCCCUGGAGACCAUUCGAAUGACGAUCCCGUGCCGAUUACUUCGAUCUACUGCCAUGCGAAGACACCCUUUUGA